AUGUCUUUAAAUUUUACAUUGCAGGACGUGACAAAGUGGUCAAAGUUGUUUCCACUAGAUUUGGAGGACUUUACGAACUCUGGUACAUUUAUGAAGAAAAUAACUCUCGUAAUUAUCAGCAGUAUAUCGUAUUUAAAAGAAGCGCUACCCCCAGGAAGUUUUACGGAGGAGAUUUUCCAAGGCAUCAGAUUACGUAUUUUAAGAAAUAAUUGCGGAAAUAAAACAGCCCAGUUCCUAAGUACCGCCUUGGAGGACGCUUUCGAUGCUAUGGAUAAAAGAUAUCUCCACAAACUUGCUCUAUGCUUCUAUGAGGGUGAAUGUAGACUCGGCAAUAUGCUAGAAAGCCACGUGUUCGAGUACGUCUACAACGGCGAUAUGGUGACCAUGAACAUCACGUGUUCAAGGGACAAAGACACGUCUAAACAGACAAACUAUACGACCGAGCAGCAAACGGUCAAUCUUAUACGCGGUACUCUGGUCUUGAUGCGCUCCUGCCAAAAUAUGCUGCCAUCGACCUACGGCCUCAGCUUACGUCUUUAUUACAAUGAAGAUACACCGGAUGACUACCACGCUCCAGGGUUCACCUUCGACGGAGACGCCGACCAUUUUGAGAAUUUCGCCAUCAAAGGUCUCAAAGUUGGUCGAGUAGAUACCCCUUUUCAUAAACUCAGUCUGCUGUCUUACGUCAAAGAACAUACCAGUGGAGAUGAUCGUGAGGCUCCAUUACGUAAUCUCUCAACAUCCAAGAAUGUUAAAGUGGAUUCUGAAGAUCGUUCGUCGAGAGAUCGCCCUCGACUGUCGUGUCCGUGCACGAAGCACGACGACAACGCUCGUCACAGAGACGACGAACUUCUCACUUGUCUCUACUGCAACACGCAACAGCACGCUGCGUGCUUCGGCGUGUUCCGCGACGCGACAUCUUUGUCGCGUCACUGUUGCAGCGCCUGUCGCGACGCGGACACAACGCGACAGCCCACCGACCUCAAGCUCAUACCGUUGACGCAGAUCAAGAGAGCCUGCUUGUGCAUAUUCCGUCGCACCCUGAAGUUUUGCUCGAGCAUCGACUGCGUGGACGUACGCGCCGUCUCAGAGAGGUUCCGCAUGUCUGCCGGAAACGCCUCCAAACUGAUGAAGAUGCUACACCGACACGGCAUCAUCCAACAGGAUCCGACUAUUGACUCAAACAAAUCUCAGAAAGUAAUCGAGAAACAUCUCAAACAUGCCCUCAUCAAGUUCUCGAACGAAAGGGAAGAAAACAUAACCGAUCGCCUCAUUGGGGAAAUAGAAGGAGCCCUGUCUCAAGAAUCUUGUCAAUCUACUCUGAUUGACGAGGUGCUUACACCUAUCGAGAAACAAGAUCUGCGCAACACUUCUAAUCUUGGCAGGCUUAUAGAAAAACCGAUGAAAAAUACCUUCGUUGAAGAUUCCACUCUGAAGCAAUAUAGAGAGGCCUUGGUUAUGGAGGAAGUUAAGGAUCCACUUAAAGCUCGUGAUGAGAACAAUGAGUUAGGUAAAAGAGAGUCAGAACAAACUGCGAUGUCUAAUACUGGAAAUAAAAAGGCUAGACUUCAACUGAAAUACAAAAAAAGAAAAUAAAUCGUUGGUAAUGACAAGAAUAUUUGAAAGAUUGAUUAAAAUAUGACGAUUUUUAUUA